CCCCAACUGUCAGCUCUGUCUGUGCCGGCGUCUGUCUCUCUGCUCCACUCAGCAAAGUAAUAGGCUGUACUACUCUGUGAUACAAUUAACCACACAGCAAGAUUUUUUAUUUGUUCAAUAUUUACAGGAAAAAUUUUCCAAAAAGCACUGACACCACUAAAACGCUGAUGAGUACUCCUUGUUAGCGUUGGCUUGGUGAAACUGCGACGCUCCUAAUUAUUCAGAACCUUAAUAUUCAGCCUUAAUAUAAUUUCAGUGAGUGAGUUAUAAAAGAAUUUGCGUUCUAGAGACCAAAAACAUUUUUUGUACUAGGCUGUAAAUAUAUUUAUUUCUACUGUGAAGUUGGGCAUUUUAACAUGGGGCUCUAUGGAAAUUGAGUCGCUAUUGGAUGCUGCUUGAUUAGAACAAGAUUUUUCCUGUUUUGCUCAGCUUUGGUGAAAUGAAAAAAGCCCAAUAUUAUUGAUUACUGUUAUUUAAAAAAUAAAAUAAAAUAAAAUAAAGUUAAAAAAUUCAUUCUUCUGGGAAAAAUAUUUGGGUCUAUUUUGUACAGGGCAACUUUAUCUGGUUUUGGGAAAAUGUGAUUACAUUUUAUGAUAUGUAUUCAAAAUCAGAGAAAAAUCUAAAUCCUUCUCAAGCUUUCAGGCAACUCUCUUUUACUGAGCAAGAGAAAAGGGCAUGCUCUGCUCAUGCUUCUCCUACCCCUCCCCCCACUUCUGGAAUGUGCCUAUUAAGAUUCAGCCAAUCAGAGCUCUCCAUGAGCCCAAGUAUCAAGGUGAAACUUCGGUCAGCAGCAAGACUAUGCUGUCCAGCUGCACGUCAUGGAGAGGUCCAAACGGAGGAGAAAAUCUUCAAAAAAAAAGGAUUCAUCGCCAAAAAAGCAAACUGAAUUUUGCAGUAAUCGAGGUAAGGGACAUGAAGCGACCUCAGCCAAGGGUUCAAGAGGAGUCAAAGUGAGCCAGACAUCAUUUUCAGACAGACAACUAGAGGCAAAUAAUGAUCUGCCAGGUCCGACCCCUACAGUUUCUCCUGUUAAGUGCCAGCAAGAAGCUGUAACUACACGAAGACAUGAUGAUGAUGAUGAUGAUGAAGAGGAUGGAGAUCUGCCAGGUCCGACCCCUACAAGUUCUCCUGUUAAGUGCCAACAAGAAGCUGUAACUACACAAAGACAUGAUGAUGAUGGUGAUGAGGGUGAUGAUGAUGAAGAUGGAGAUCUGCCAGGUCCGACCCCUACAAGUUCUCCUGUUAAGUGCCAACAAGAAGCUGUAACUACACAAAGACAUGAUGAUGAUGGUGAUGAUGAUGAGAGUGAUGAUGAUGAGGAUGCUUCAAAAGUGCACAGAAAGAGACCCUGUUCUGCUGAGGAGAGAACUGCUGUCAAGCGGCAUAGUUUGUAGCUCUCAGGAAAGUACCAGCAAAAGAUGACUGCCUGAUCUGUAUCGGUAAAGAGUCUCCUACACUUAACACCAGAAUAUGUGUAGACAUUAAAUACUUUGUCUAUAAUGAGAUAGUUAAAAUGAAGUAAAAGGUGGUAUCAUAAACUAAUCUAAUGUUAAGGGAUAUGCUGCAGAUCUGUUCACUAAGAACCACAUUGCCAAUGUUGAAAUGUUGUACCGAGUUGGCAGUUUUUUGUUUCUAUUGUUUCUAUGAGAACAACUGACAAACAUGAUUUCUGAAAGUUUUUCUUUGCAAUGUUUUGCAAUAAAAUGCACAAUUAUGUGGGGCCUUGCUGAUUUGUCAGCUUUUCUUUUCAUGAAUGUUCAGCAAUCAAAAAUACACCCAAUUUAAAAAUGUUCUUAUUGACAGUAAAUUUAUAACAAAUGAAACUGCCUAUUGAGGAUUACAUGUUUUAAAAUUAAACAUUUCAUAAUUUCAUAAGGUAAGAACAGAGUAUUAUACCAUGGAAUUAUGCCAAACCUGUCUUCAGUAGGCCUAGAAUAAGCAUAUCAGUUAAUAAUCCCAGUGAAAUACUCUAAAACAAUAAUCUCACAAACUAAGUUUCUGGUCCCCACUUAGUUGGUUAAAAUCUUUUAUCUGAAACUUUGUGUUUCACAAAAUCUAAGGUGGUGUAUAGGUUAAGGGUGCCCUCUACUGUCAAGAAAUGCUAUUUUUAUGUUGGUCUGUAGAGUGGAAGUGCCGGUCCUCGCUUUGUGAGUCUUUUUCAUCGGACCUCACUAUGCAGCAAGUACAAGAAUGUGUGUGUGUGUGUGUGUGUGUGUGU